GGGAAAUUAACCAAUCCUGUGAACUUUGCCCCUGUGCCUGAGUGAAUAAAUCUGCUGCCACCGAUUUCUGCUUGAGUUCUGUCACCAUCACAGAAAAAAAAUCACAUCCAGUGAUCAUGGCACCGACAGGAACUUUGAUUUGGAUUUUCUCUCUAGCAGCCGUGUGCGUUUCUGAACCUUCAGAUGACACCUUCAAGAACUGCACCUCCCAAGCUCCGCUCUUUGAGCGUCUAUCGGCUGAUGUGAAGGAGGCAGCAGAGAGCGUUGGGAACCUGCCUUCUGGAUGGAGUUCUCAGCAGUCAGCUGCACUCAUUGAGUCUAUGAGGCAUCUGACGGAUUUACUGCACAAACACCAGCUGAAAGACUGUCAACUUGCUGAGCCAAAGGAAUGUCCUGAAGCCCAGGUCCCUGAGAACGGAGGAUUGGUUUGUGUCACUGUAGAAAACACGCGCUACUGCAAACCUUUGUGCAACCACGGUUAUGAUUUUGGUUUCCUGAGGAGAAGUCGUUUGUUUGAUUCAUGCGGUCCUCAGACAAGAUUCAGAUGGGACACCCAGUAUGUCGGAGGAAACAGACUGGCUGUGUGCAAUGCGGCAAUGAUUCCAAUUUCAGGAAACCAGACGGCGUAUUUUCCAAAAGAUCAGGACUGCCUGACAACCAAGAGCCAACUGCAGGACAGCUUGAUCCAGAGUGCUGUCGCUGAGCUGAAGGCCAAAAAAAUAGAGGGAGAUCUGCACGGCGCCUGUCUUGUCUGUGGAUAACCAUGAUGUGGAAAACCAAUAAAAGAAAUCAAAUUGA